GUGGAGUGACGCUGGCGCGGUAGUUGAAAACAGACGUUGUUGACAUGACGCUGGCGAACAACAGCUCAGCAGAUGCACAAACCUCGGUCGAAGCUUUUACUUAACUUUAACACAGGAGAACUUAUCAUAACUUGACACCGAGCAUGGAUUUAUCUUCCAUUAUAAGGAAAAUGGGUCACUCUCUGGUGGAGAUAAGAGUGCGAGCAUUGAAGAGCAUCUUAUGCAAGCUGGAUCUUUCCCUGAUUUCCGUCCAUGAUAUUGUCCAGGAGAAGAUGCUGUUUGUGUAUCUUCUGGAGUGGUUCAAUUUCCCCGAGGUGCCAAUGAAGGAAGAGGCCCUUGAAUUGCUUUUAACCUUAUCAAAGCAUCCAAGUGCAGCCCAGAUGCUGCGAGACGUUGGGGCGGUGGACUUUCUCACCCAACUGUCUCCUAACGUGGAGCCCAGCCUGCGAGCUGUCAUUGAUGGAACCCUGGACCAGCUGUUCCACCUACCAGAACUGCUCCCCAGUCGCGUAGUUGUCUAUUCACAUGGACCACGUAGUACAUCUUCAAAAGCUCAAGAGGAUUUGCCUAAAAUGGGUUAUUUCCACAAGAGCAUGCCAAAUAAUAUGGAUAUACCGCCUCACAAGAUAGCAGAGCACGAAUCUGUGAGAUGUCUGAAGUUUUCUGUGUUUCCAUGGCUGACUUUGACAAACACAGACAGGCACAUACUUUCUUCCAAUGAGAAUUCCUUGGGGAGCAGCAAUACCAACCUAGUGCGAACGACUUGUGAACUUCUGUGUGAUGUCAUUAUGCAAGACUUUCCUGCUGAGAUCUUUCUGCAAAGGCCGGGCAUUGUAAAGAGCCUUCUGUCCCUAUUGAGGCUGGGUCCAGGUAAAGAGGAGUCAGGCUACAUCUACUUGUCGGCUCUUUCCUGUCUCCGGCAGCUUUGUGUGGGAUUAAGAAGGCGGCUGCGCUUUCAUCAAGACCCAAGCUUCUACUCUGCGAAACAAGAUCCAGUUUCUCAGAACUCGUCCUUCUCCUACACCCAGGAGGUUCUGGGGACCCAGCGUUCGGGGGCCUCCUCUCCUGGGUCCGAGUGCUCUCCCCGGCCUUCUUUAGUGGGACGCACAAGCCAGAGAGCCAGAGGAGAUGGUCAAGAUGGAGACGCAGCUUCUAAUAGUGGCAGCUCACACAGAAGUGGAGGAGCAGUCCAGGCCCCCAGACAGAUGGCCCAUUCACCUGCAGAUGUGGCCCAUGUGGAGCUUCCUGAUCUGGGUGUAGAAGAUGUGUUGGAGUUGCAGUUGCGGCAGCUCACUUUGGCUCAGUUUACUGUUGCCUCUAUGGAGUGUGCCAUACCACUGCUUAAGACAGAAGGUUUGCAUGCUUUCCAUCGCGUUCUGGAGCUGCUGUGUGACGCUGUCCUCCUGCUUGGGGACAGCGUUUGUGAGCUGGUCUGGGACGAUCGCAGCCUGGCGGGGAUGGAGCUGAAAGAGAAGCUGCAAACCUGCAUGGAGCUACUGGGGGAUAUACUGAGCUAUCACCACAGCUGUUCAGUGGAUAUUCCCAACAAUUCUCAGGUUCACCAUAGAAUAGCCUACAUAGGCGCUGCCAUAUUUACCAUUAAACUCCUACAGACCAUCCUCCCACCCGAGAAGGCUAGUGACAAUCUCCCAGAAAACACUGCAACAGCUCUUUUCCACUUAUGCUUGGACACAUCAUUGGGAAGUUUGUUACCCAGCAUGCAAGAGACAGCAGUGGCCUACUUGGAGCAGGUGAACUCGGACAGCCAUGAAAUCUACAGGAGGGUGACCCGAGCUGCCCUCUGGAUGGAAUCCACUUGCAUCUUUCUCAGGGAAGCACAAGCGGAGGGGGAGAAGAAUUGGCUGGAGUUAGUGGAGCUGGCAGACCAAGCCAUAGAUGGCCUUCCAUUUCACCAGCACUUGCCUAUCAUCAAAGAAUGUGUUCACAUUUGCUCUUAUCUGUGGAAGUUUGAACAGCCCAGUCCCCUCCUCCAAACGGAGAGCCAGAAACUCCUCCUCAAGCUGCUGGCCCAUCCUUUACUGCCCGUCAAGACAGAAACAUAUGAAUGCACUUUAAACCUGGUCAAGGACUGCCUUGGCAUCCAGAAUGCGACACGUCAGGAACCAGGGGCAUGUGCUGGAGUUAGCUUCCUUCUCCACCACAGGGUGCUCUAUGAAAUAAGCACCUUUGGACUCCAAGAUUCGGCACAAAAGGUGAAUGCUCUUGCCAAGGAUAUCCUGCUAUUCCUGCUCAAGGGACGAUUGAUGAUGACAGCAUCAGCCUGGGACAGAUUCAAUGAGGCACUUUACCCGGUCAUGCCCAUAUUACAGGGUUACGCCAGCACCGAGGAGUCACUGGGAAACUGCGUCCUGCUGAUAAGUGACAUGUCGGACAUGGCAAGAGACAGUGUGUUCCCAAGUACAGCCAAACUAAAGGCGGCACUGCGACUCCUUUUCACUAAGCAGCCCGCUGUGAGAAUAGCAGCAGUGCAGCAAUUCCUGCCCCACCUCACUGGAAGCGACGAUUCAAAUACAGCCCGGCCAAAACUGGAUCAACAAAUGAUUGCCUCGCUCCCCAACCUCUUCUGCCUUAAAAACCCUUUAGACAUCACACUUGAUACCAGCAAGAAGUCUGUUCUAAAGGUGGAAUCUGUUGAGAAGCUGUUUAGUAUCCUCUACUCAGACAUGGUUGAUAUCACCUUGAAAAGGUCAGCUGCAGAACAGCUUUCUGUGGUGCUACAAGACACAGCAAUGCACCCAGUACUAAAGAACCUUGGAAUAACAGAUAAAGUCCUUUCUGUAAUUAUGGAGUGUGUAAAUGGCAACAAGAGGUUUGAUUGUCUACUGGAGCCUUGUGUAUGUAUCCUGAGAAAGCUGGUGUACGCUGAUCCAUCUCUGAGGCACAGCCUGGCACAGCGGCAGCUCCUGCUCCUCACACUGCUCAGGGCAUCGUUGAUAUUGAAGGAGAACAAAAGCGAUGGAAGUGAGAUUGCUGUUCUGAUGAGUUUACUGCUAUUUGAUGAGAUCGCCAGCACUGACUUAUGGUCUGACACGUCCACCACAGAAGUGAGCGUCACACCAUUCUCCCUGCCAUUGGCAGUAACACGCAGGUACAACGUUCCAUUUCAGGCAGCAACUCAUCAUGCUGUUAGUCCGUACUGCUGCGUACUGGUGCCUUCGUCUGACCUCCAAACUCUUAACCCUGCCCGCCAAGCCCUACAGGUGGCCUGGAACACUGCGUGGCAUUCUGGGAUAGAUAACCGCCUUCAGGAGCUUUGUGGCAUUGCUAGAGAUGUCAGCGAAUUCCAUCCCGACUUAAAGCUGUCAGAAACACAAGUUUUGUGGCUGAAGGCAGUGCACCUUCCCACUGCGCUGCAGGAUUGUAUCCAGGCCAUCGUCACCGCAUCAGGGCACAGUUCUGUGGCCUCUGCUCUCUCCAGGCUCAGCAUCUACCUGUUGAUUGACAGGCUGGCAUUCCCACACAUUCCCACCUACAGAUGCAGGGAGACCCUUCACUCCCUCAGCUGGCAGGCUGCAGUGACCAGGUUUCUCCAGGUGCGCCCAGCCUGUGUUGAGGAUGAAAGGUUGCUGGUGGGCAUCAUUGCAUUUUUGAAUGCCUACUUCACGCAGAUUCACACUGAAUUUGCGGCCGACUCAGAGGACGAGGACCUGCGCUGGAUACUGGAGCUGCUUCUCAACCAGGAUGCUGUGUCUCUGCUGAAUUUGCUGCUUGGUGUGGAGACCCAGACCUCAACUCAGAGCACAGGGGAGCAUCAAGAAGUGAAGAACCAUGUGAGCCAAAGACUGCAGAGAGAGCUCACCCACUUCUUUAACACCUUACUCCGCUGCCUAUCACACACCACUGACAGGCUAUGUUUGGCAUUAGCCGGCCCCUUCAAGAGCCAGCUGGCCGUCCGUUUGCUUCAGAGCCUGCGGGUGUCUGAUGCACCGCGUUUUUAUGGCCUUCCCAGCCUGGAGAGGACACUGCAGGGCAUGAUCAGCGUGACUGCCCAGCCUGGCUGGAGCUCCCACUGCCCUGACCUGGAGCCCAGCUCCCUUUGCUCCAAGUAUCUCAGUGGGUUAUUAGAGGUGAUAUCCUCAUUUUAUGUUGAGUGGGGUGGCAACUCCUUGUCAUUCAUGGGGAAAGGUGUUACCAAGAAUGCAGUCAUCUGCUUGCUUCACUUGUCUCAUGAGAUGAUGUCUGAAAACAAGGACAAGGACAUGAUUCCACAGUGGUCUUUGGGGAAUGAAGCAGCUGCCGAGGAAGCCAGUUCCUCUCAGCUGGGUUUAGCAUGGUUGAUCCCGUUAUGGGUGGACCGAGAUCAAGAGGUGAGAUUUGCCAGUUUGAGUUUGGGUGCAGCUCUAUCCUCGAUGCCCAGCGGGUGCCAGGCUCUGUGUGCCAGCUGUCAGAACAUAAGUGGAGGCCUGUGGGGCACAUUGCUCAACAUCCUCUUGGAUCAACAGGAGAGCAGCAUGGUCCGCAGAGAGGCUGCAUUUAUCCUGCAGAACUUGCUGGUGAUGCCUAUGCCUGCCAAUGCAGAGGAGGCCAAGGACUCCCACUGGCAGCACCCGUGUGUUCGCGAUGAAGUGUCUGGGGUGUCUUUGGUGGGUCUUCCAGCACUGCAGGCUCUGCUCUAUCACUGUCAGUAUUUCCAGCAUGUGGGUCUCUCUGCCUCCAAUUGUUACUGCGGCAGGUACACUUUCUACAUCCAGCCUCGUGUUGGCUCUCACUGUGGCCCAAGACUUCAGGAGAGCGCCUCAUCGGAUUCUGAGAAUUCUCUGUGGCUUUCGGGACGCAACCCACCAGCACCCACAGUCAACUCCAGCAGACCCUCCAGCUCUCUCUCCACCUCUAGCACUGUGAUAAGAGAUUCAAGGCCACACUCCCCAAAGGCUCCCUCCCCACUGAGUAUGACACAAGAUACCCCUGUCAGCAGACUGAUGGCUCAAGGCCAGAGCGACACAGACACCAGCAACUCUAUUACCUCGCAGGACUCCCGACAGGGCGAGCCCUUGGCCGUGGAACCCGUUGUCAAGGUAACGCCUGACCUCCUGACGGCCCACUGCGGCCUGCUGACCAACCUGCUGGCCAUCCUGCCAGACUUCACCCUCACUGCCAUCCGACAUAACCAGCUCCUUCAAGCUCUGGCCAGGUAA